GUCGUUUUGCUUUAAUCCACCCCAAAGGAAUUAUUGAUAAAACCUGGGUUACCCCCCCCUCUUUUCCUGGGGUGGGUUGUAACAGAGGGACCGCCAACCCAAUGCACCCACACCUUGUUUUCCCUCCUAAACCAGGAAAAAUUCAUCCCUUUGGGAAGUCUGUCUCUAAACUCUAUGGCAUGAGCCUGUAAGUCUGAUAUAUGUGUAUUAGUUUGAGUUACUCUGGGCAGAAGGGAAUGAGUUUACAUAGAAUAAUUCCUUCCCAAAGCUUGGCCAGAUGGAGGAGGAGGCUGCGAGGAAGAGGAAGAUGCCCCAGGACCCCCAGGCAGGCCCCGAGCUGAGGACGGAGAGCCCGGAGGACAAAUCCCCCCGGCAGAGCCUGGUGGGAGAGGCCGUUUUGAAGGGCUCCACGGCGCAGGAAGGCAGCGGGGAGGGAAAGCCACGAAGGUGCCCCAGGAGGAGGGUCUCCAAAGCCAGCCCAGGAUGCUCUGAGGAGGAAAGACCCACCCUGUGCCGGGAAGGGGACGAAAGCUUGAGCCAGAGCCCUGACCUGGACGUCCAUGAGCAGCUUCACACUAGGAAAAAGCCCUUCAAGUGCUUGGACUGUUGGAAGAGCUUCAGCCAGAGCUCCCACCUGAUCUGCCACCAGCGCACCCACACUGGAGAACGGCCCUACAGGUGCUUGGAAUGCAAGAAGAGGUUUCAGACCAGCGGGAAUCUCCUCCUGCAUGAGCGGACACACACAGGGGAGAGGCCCUUCCUCUGCACCCACUGUGGGAAGGGCUUCAUCCAGAACUCCCACCUCGUCAGCCACCGGCACAUCCACAGCGGGGAGAGGCCCUACAAGUGUGGGGAGUGUGGGAAGAGCUUCAGCCAGAGCUCUGCCUUGACCUCACACCAACGGACCCACCAGUAAGGGAAGCCCUAAAGGUGCCUCGACUGUGGGAAGAGCUUUGUCUGCUGCUCCAACUCCAUCACCCACUGGAGGAGUGAUGUCUUCCCACAUUGGGAAGACACCUGGCUGGUGGUCUCCACAUCCUCCUGGUUCCCCACAGGCACCUGGGUGAACACAGUGGGAGAAACAUCCAUGGGGUCACAAACUGACCUGGGAAAUUCAGUGGGAAGAGCUGAUUUGUUGAAUUUAAAACAAAGACAUUCAACAAAGACAUCUAAAGCCCCACCAUUUUACUGGGAUUUGGGGUCAUUUGGAGAUCCAGGGGAAUAUUUGGGAGGAUUUGUUGUUUCUGGUGGGAUGUGGGGGAGAUUACCCCAAAAUGGGGGUUCCCAGGCCGGGCAAACGGGGCCACAUUGUCGUAGUUGUGCCAGCAGUUCAUGUCCCCUGAUCCUGUCUGUUCUCCAGGAACUCCCCUUGGCUGUUCCAGUGCCUGGCCUGGAUCUCCCCACACGGGGUGUCCCCCCCAGGUGCCCAAAUCUCUGCUGAAGUGCCUGAGCUGCUCCCAGUUGGAGAUGUACCCGGGCAGGAACCUCUCCCGGUCGGGGCCGUUCACUCGGCUUUUCCCAGGACCUGGAACAGCCCUGGGUGUGCAGGGACACAGGUCAGGGGGUGCCCCCCCAGCAGCCCUCAGCCCCCCCAGCAGGUUGGGAGCUCAGGGGGCCACCCCGGACCCCCCUUUCCCACCCCCCUCUGCCCCACAGCUGCUGCAGCACCAGUUACUGGGUGGGGGAGUCCCCCCAUCAGCCCCCCAGGGACGGACAGGGGGCUUGGGCACCUGUGCACAAUCGUCACCAGAGCAAGCACACAAAGGGUUACAGAAGCAGUGGACAUUCCCAGGGCGGAUCUGCCCCCUCCCAGAGCCCCAGGGAACCGCUCCAGGGCUCAAGUGAUGGGGGACAGGGGAGACCCAUGUGGGAACCCCCUGCCCUCUGUCCCCCUGCCCACUGUCCAACACCCCUUUUCUCCCCUCUCCCACCCCUUUCCCAUCAUCCCCACCGUCCCCAGCUCCCCCCCAGCUCGGUUUGGGGGUGUUUCUUCCCCGUGCCCUGCUCGGUUUCACAGUCUCAGCCCCCUCCUCGCUCACUUUGGAGGUCCCAGCCCCCCUUUUCUCCCGUUCUCCCCCCUUUUCCCAUUGUCCCCUGAAAGGCAGCUGUUAAAUAUUGGGUGCUGAAAAAGCUGCUCCAUCGUGUCCAUUCCAAAUUAAGCCUGCAUUUCUUAGGAGGGACUGGCAUCCA